CUCUUUCCGCCGUACCCGCCAUCUUGCGAGCAAACGGGGUAAUAAGGCAAAAUGACGAACACCAGAGGCAAGAGGAGGGGGACCAGGUACAUGUUCGCCAGGCCCUUCCGCAAGCAUGGCCCAAUCCCCUUGUCCACUUACAUGCGUAUCUACAAGAAAGGAGAUAUUGUUGAUAUAAAGGGCACAGGAACCAUACAGAAGGGUAUGCCACACAAGUGCUACCAUGGCAAAACAGGACGUGUUUACAACGUUACCCAGCAUGCCGUUGGCAUCAUUGUCAACAAGCAGGUCAAGGGUAGGAUUCUGGCCAAGAGAAUCAAUGUGCGCAUUGAGCAUGUGAAGCACUCUAAGAGCAGAGACAGCUUCCUGCAGCGCGUGAAGGAGAACGAGAGGAAGAAGGUGGAGGCCAAGCAGCAGGGCACCUGGGUGGAGCUGAAACGUCAGCCUGCUCCUCCUCGUCCCGCUCACUUUGUCAGCACCAAGAAGAACACGCCCGUGCUGCUGGAGCCCAUCCCCUACGAGUUCAUGGCUUAAGCGUCCUGACCAAUAAAAUCCUUUAUAUGUAAAAA